AUGUCAUUUGGAAGCGGAGAUCCAAACGACAUUCCAGAUUUAAUCAUCGCUGUUAAUCAGCCGGAAAAACAUGGAUCAGGUUUAGAUGCUUAUGUCAGUUAUAAUGUCGUUACUAAGACAACAAGAACUGCCUUUGAUGCAGCGGAAUAUAGUGUUAGAAGAAGAUAUCAAGAUUUCUUAUGGCUUCAUACACGAUUAACAGAAAAUUUCCCAUUAGUUAUUAUCCCUCCAUUACCUGAGAAACAAGUCCUUAAACGUCUUGAUCGCUUUACUCCAGAAUUUAUCCAUUUAAGGCAAUUAGCUUUAGAGAAAUUUUUAGUAAGAGUGGCAAAACAUGAAAAAUUGACCAAUUGCGACGAAUUAAAAACUUUCCUUACUGCUAAAGCUUGGGAACUAACCUCGGCUAAAAAGCAAACAUCAGGCCUCAUUAAUAAAGUUGGUGGUAGAAUCGAGCAAGUCAAAAAUUAUGCUAGCUCCAUCAAGAUUAAAAAUCGAAAUAUGGAUUUUGUACUCAUGCACGAUUACGUUGUUAAUUUAUCCGAGAAAUUAACACAAAUAGAUCGUAUUUCUCAACGGAUUAGUAAAGAUCAGUCUGAUCUCAUGGAUCAACAAUCUGAAUAUGCACCUGUUUUCCUAAAUUGGGCUAAUUCUGAACAUCGUUUAGCGGAUUCGUUAACCGCUCUUUCUAAAUGCGUAGACAAGAAUAACAAAGCAUUAAAAGAAUUGGUUGAAAGCAGAGAUGAAAAAUUUGGUGAAAAUUUACAUGAAUAUGUAUUAUUUACCGAAUCUAUCAAAACUACAUUGAGGAAAAGAGACCGAAUUCAAGUUCAGCAUGACCAACUUGUCGAACAAGUAGCUAGGAAGACAGAAAAUAAGCGAAGAUUAAAUAAACAGGUUGAUGCAUCAGGAGAAAAAAUGCGUGAUGCCGAUGAUACAGUCAAGGCAGAAUAUGAUAAAUGGAAUGAAACCAAACGUUCCGAUUUGAAAGCGACAUUUAUCGAUUUUGCUGAUCGAAAUAUCGUCUACUUUCAAAAGGUGAGCCAAAUAGGAUAA